AUGAGGCUGUCGGUUGCUUAUGGCGUUUUGGCCGUUGUACUGCUUGGGUUGAUAAUGUUCUUCAUCCACACGAAGCGCAACCAUGCUCCAUCUGAGGAUGUGGUCGCUCGUGCAGCAGUCAUAGCAGCAUUCACCGAUUGGAAUCAAUGCACUAUGGCGCAUCUGGAUAGCAUGAGAAGCACACCGGAAAAGGGUAGCGAAUUCUUCGGUGCGGAUCCCGUCAUUGUUCCUAAUGCUGCACUCUUCAAGAAAGUGGGAACGUUCUUCCCCUACGCUGUUAGCGCUCAAAAUGGCCUCCAAGAGUCUAAAAUCCGUCUCAACAGCGGAAGUUACGAGAUCAUGUGCGUAGGACAUAUCGACGUGCUGACGUUUUUUCUAAAAAUAAUUAAACGUAACUUCAUCGACCACUUGAUUUUGGAUAAUGAAGGACCGGAGUACGAUUUCCUGCCGAUGAUAGCAGUCAAUAAUAUGUUUCUUGGAAAUGCUAUUUAUAUUUGUCAUAUGAACGUUGAAUUUCACGAUCCAGGUCCAGAAGAAGGAUAUGCCAAAUUCGCAAAGAUUAUGUGGGAUUUGUUGGCAGCUGGCCGCUUCGGAAUCAUUCACAACCUCAGCGACGGUAAUCUGCGCAUGUUCAUCGUGAACUACGAGGAUCGACGAUGCAUAGAAAAGUAUCUCGAACAGUUUUUCAAGUGA